UUUCAGCCCCGCCCAGAUACCCACUGGCUUUGAUACGCACCAGUCUGACAAGCACAUCAUCAGUCAGGUGUGACAUUGCUGUGUAACACAGGUUUAGAUGCGGAAGGAUUGUUCCUAGGCACAUUUCAUUUUGUGGUGUGAUUUUUUUGUGACAAACAUAUUUUUUGAGGGGAGUUAAUGCAGCUCUACAAUUGUUCUCAAGGGAAAGUUAAAGGAGUUUCCUCUGUACCAUUGGAGCUGCCGGUUAGACAUCAGGCCAACAAAGUGCCGUGUACUUUGCCAUGAGAGACAACCUGACCUGAAGGUCCUUUCACUUCAUGCAUCGCUUUCCUUAUCACACUGCACCAAUGGACCCUCAGGUGUGUCCGCCCCCUCUGAGCAGCAGCCAAUCGGUGGUCAGUGGCCUCGAGAAAUCCCCGGCCAGUACAUUUAAACCUGGCCACUUGCGGAGCAACAGCACCGGCUCCUCCAAAUAUUCAAAACAGUCUCGUCACUGGGAGGUGAUGGACGAUUUACGGAAUGUGGAUAGGUCUUCAGCUUCCAGCUCUUCAUUGGACCUCACUAUCCCUGGGAUCUGUGAGGGCUACUUGUUGAAGAGGAGGAAGUACCCACUCAAAGGCUGGCACAAGAGAUACUUCGUUUUAGAGAAAGGGAUUCUCAAGUACUCAAAGACGCAGCAAGAUAUUCAGAGAGGAAAGCUCCAUGGCUCUCUGGACGUCAGCCUGGCUGUCAUGUCCGUCAACAAAAAGUCCAAAGGCAUAGACCUGGAUGCUGGGGACAACCUCUACCACCUGAAGGCAAAGAGCCAUGACAUCUUCUACAUAUGGUUGACCAAGCUCUGUGCCCAUCGUGUAUAUAGGAAAAAUGAAGCGAUGAGUGUCCAUCAUGGCGUCCUCAACGCUCUCUCACUGAGCCCGAGCACCCUUCCAGCCAUGGCCACAUUUGCCCAGACGAACAGAUCAAUGCCUACUUACUAUGCCAGUUCAGCACCAUUGUACAACCCAGAGAUGGGAAGCCCCGCUCCUGCCGUCGGCUCUAACCCAGGGGUGAACAGCAAGGUGUCAGCGUGGCUGCAACAGACCGAGAACAUCGAUGCAACCUCCAACGACCUGGCUCGCUGUCAGACUGAGCUGACACAACUGGCUCAGCUCAUCCAGCGACUCCAUUGGCUGGAAGGUGGGCUGCCGAUCACUAACAAAGACCUGGAGAUGCGAAUCAGCAUGCAGAAUCUCUCUCUGGAGAAGCCCAAGAAGAAGAUGGUGAAAGGGUUCGGUCACUCCAGGACUCUGUCCCGCGUUGAAGCCAUGGGGGGAACGUUCACUUCCAGCCACCUGAGUUCCAACAACACUGGUUCAACAACAUCUGUCAAGUCUGUCCCUGAAUAUGUCUACUCUCAGCUGUCCAACCCUCAGGUCACUUCACCUGAGGCCAAGAAGCUUCAACAGGACAUCUGCACUGCUUCACACAGGGUUCAUUGUUCUCUCAAGUCCAUUUAUGAGGUGUUGACCUUGGAGAGAGAGAGACUGAGGCAGGCCUGGACCAGCCCCGAACUGAGGCAUAACACCUCAGAGCAGCUCGCUACGCUUUGCAGCACACUGUCAGAGCUUGACAUACAGUCCCAUUUGACCAAAGUCCACUCGCUUUCCCUGUCCUCUGACUCUUCUGAGGAAUCCUUCUGCACCGUCCAACCUGAUCAGAAGACACCACCUAAAGGUCGUCCGUGUCAUCGCGCGCCCUCAGUGGCAGAAUCUAUGGCAGAGUAUUUUGAUGCCAAUGAGGUGAUUGUGUGCGAGAGCUCAUCAGAGGCAGAGGCUUCGGAUGAGUCGGGCCUGAGUGACAUCACCACCACCAGCAACUCUGAGCCUGAAGAGGGACAUGCCGCUGCCACCCUUAACUACCGGGCCAGUCUGAACAGUGCUCCUGACAAACCCAGACCAGUGCCUACUAAUACUGGUCGUCGCACUGCCAUCCCUGCCCCAGCGAUAGACAACAGCCACAUUGGCAUAAUGACCAUCCUGUACAACAACAUCGGCAAGGACCUGUCCAGAGUUUCCAUGCCUAUCGCUCUAAAUGAGCCACUUUCUUUGCUACAGAGACUGAGUGAAGAGCUGGAGUACUCUGAGCUGCUGGACAUUGCCAACCGCACUGAUGAUCCAUACGAAAGAAUGGUUUACUUGGCAGCGUUCUCCAUCUCUGGAUAUGCCUGGGCAUCCUGGAGGUAUCGCAACAAACCCUUCAACCCAGUUCUGGGAGAAACUUACGAGAAUCACAGAGAAGACCGAGGCUUCCACUACAUCAGUGAGCAGGUCAGCCAUCACCCGCCCAUCUCUGCCUGCCACGCAGACUCUGAAAACUUCACUUUCUGGCAAGAUCAGAGAUGGAAAUAUAAGUUUUGGGGGAAGUCAGUGGAGAUCCUCUCUUCUGGACUGGUCAAUGUUUCCCUGCCCAAGUAUGGUGAUCACUAUGAAUGGAACAAGGCAGUGACUUGUAUUCACAACGUGCUGAGUCCAGACCGCUCGUUGGAGCACUAUGGUGAGAUACUCAUCAAAAACACAAAGAGCGACGUCUGCACCUGCAAGGUCACCUUCGUUAAGUCUCGCUACUGGAGUUCAGACAACAGUAAGAACGAGGUGCAGGGUGUGGUUCUGGACCGGGCUGGAGAGGUGGUUCAUCGUUUUGGAGGACUCUGGCAUGAGGGCAUUUUCUGUGAUACCUUGUCUACACCAAAGUGCAUCUGGAAGCCCAAUGUGCAGCCUGAAAACCACGCCCAGUUUUAUGGCUUCUCACGAUACGCCAUAGAGCUAAACGAACUGACGCCUGGCCUGAAAGAAGUCCUCCCUUAUACAGAUACACGCUUUAGACCAGACCAGAGGCUCCUGGAGGAGGGGAAGGUAGCAGAAGCGGAGAAAAAGAAGGAAGCGAUAGAGGAGAAGCAGAGAGAGAGGAGGAAGGAGAUGGCCAAGAGAGGGGAGGAGCACAUCCCCAGAUUCUUCAGUAAAUCUGUGGAUGAGGCGGGCAGAGAGGUGUGGCUGUCCAACAAAACUUACUGGAAGCUCCGCAAAGAACCCGGCUUCGCCAAGACUGAAAACCUGGACCUGUGGUAGAACAUGACACUUGGCUUAAUGCUGAAAAAGGAAACUAACUGGUGCAAAACACAUUGCAAUCUGAUAAAGAUGAAUAAUGGACCCUUCAAUUA